GCCAUACCUGACUCAGAUUGGGUUCGGCUGUUUUACCUGUACCUCCUAGGUAUGCUGUGUCCAUAUUUAAUCAGGGUUUUGUUGGUACGCGAAGAGAUGGCGUGUUUAUGCGGGCCAUAUGUACAGGUGCCUCGAGUCGUACGCUGAAAAAAGGACACGUGAAAUUCGGUGGAAAACUAGCGCUGUUUUUCGUCUCAUGUUGUAACGUGAAGGGUUGCGUUCAAUAACGCAGUAGUCUGCCGAAGAUUUUAUUUAUAAUUGUGUCAAGCAGCAGACGUCCCUUGAAUAGUUUUUGUUUGUGUGUGUAACAGCGUUGAAUAAUAAGGAAAAAAUAUUGAUAAAAUUGUGGAUGUAACAUUACGAAUGUAUGUCACAGACUUCUGUUAUGGAUUAUCGUGUAGUGAUAAACAAACACACACGAAAAGAAACACGCAGACGUUGAUUUAACAGUUUUGUUUAUGUGUGUUUGUUGCGGGAAAGAAAAAUAUAUUAAUACAAUUUUGGAUGCGACAUUACAUAUCUAUAUUCAAGGACCUUUGUUGUGGAGGAAAUUAUGGAUUACUGUGUAGAAAUAUACAAGGACACCUGAGAAGAAACAAGCAGACGUCAGUUGAAUAGUUUUUGUUUGUGUUUUCUGGAAUAAGAAAAAUAUUCAUAGCUUUGGUACAUUACGGAUCUAUAUCACAUACUUCUUUUGUGAAGGAAAUUAUGGAUUGCCGUAUACAGAUAUACAAGAAAACCUGAGAAGAAACUCGUAAGUGUAUUCUUGAUAACAAAAACUAAAAAUGUCUGACGACACAGCCUCGUGUUCGUCUGCCUCUGGUUCCCAGGGUCUGGGUGAGAUUAUUGUAACCGGAGACAACAUAUCCAUCCAGAGCGACCAAGAAUUAAAGAAUGUGGUUGAACGAUUCGAGGCGUCCAUGACGUUAGAUGCGGACCGCGACAUCGACUCUAUCGGAGACUCCGAGAGUACUUCCAACAGCGUCAGCAAGGACGGCGAUUCCGUGGGAGCUACCUCCAGCACAAACAGCUUUAAAGACGACAUCGAAGAGAUUGAUGACGUCAACGAAGAGGAGGAAAUUAAACAACCAAAUGGCACAACGAAUACAAAUGGCGUCGAAGGAGCAACAGCAGACGACAGAUCUAGUCACCCGAAGAAAGUCAAGAAAAAGAAAUCCCCUUUCAGUCUGUUGAGAAGGUUAACGAAAUUCGACAAGGACAAAACAAAGAAAGAGCGAAAAGCGAAAGACUAUGCCUCAGAAUUCGCCAAAAUUCGUAUCGAUCGGUUACCUCAGGUUUUCGUUUGCAAGUACCUCGGCAAGCGGGACACGAAAGGAGUGUACGGCCUCGAGCACGUCCGGAAACCAGUGGACGAUAUGGUGGACCUUGUCAAGAAGGGGCUGGACGUCACGGGCAAAGUGGAGCUGCCCCUUGUGUAUCUAGUCGUAACUCCCAAAGGAAUCGAUAUCCGCGAACAUGCGCUGAACAAGAUUACCGGGUUAGUCGAUUACACGACGAUAUCCAUCGAUUUCAUAUCUUAUGGUGUCCAGGACAUCAAGUACUGGAAAGUGUUUACGUUUAUCGUCGUCAAGGAGUUGUCGUCAAGGACGAAGACGACAGAGUGUCAUGCCUACCUGUGCGACUCGUCGCUCAGCGCGAGGAAAGUGGCGCUAUCCCUCGGUGCCGCUUUCAGACUGUAUUCCCAGAAACUCCAGUCAGAGGGCAAGUUCCACAACUUCCAGGUCGAGCUGCGACCCCCUGAUGAACUGGCUGACGCGUAUAAGGAAUGCGAUGCAUAAGACAUACUGAUCUAAGCCUGUCAUUCAACCACGGCAAUCGUAACCCCUGCAAUUGCCCACAGCAAUCAGCAAUGACAUGGAGAUUGCCGUGGAGGAUGUAAUUCUCUACGGCACUGUUUUGCCUUGGACAUUCAGGUGGUUUUUUUUUUCAAUGGUAUAUUUUUUGCCAUGGACAUUUUGUUAAUUCCAGGGAUUGCAAUCUGAAAUAUGCUUAGCCAUGUCAAUCGGCAAUUCUGUGAAUGUUUUCAGUUUUCCUCGGACAUUUAUUUUGCCGUGGAACGUUCAAUUUUCUAUGUCACUUUUCUCAGUUAUGGUAAUUAUUUAUUUUUGUAAUAAGGAGAAAUUAAACUUCUCUCUUACACAUUAACCGCAAAAAAUGCAGUGAAGAUUUGUUUAGUUUUUUUGCACAGCAUAUUGUUUUGUUGUGACCAUUUUCAUAAUUGGCAAGGUUGCUGAUGGAAAGAAAUAAGGGAUGACACCAAAUCUAAUAGGAGAGAGUGUAACCAAAAAUCCUCAUCCAUAGAAAGAAGAAGUAGUUUUGUUUAAUGACGCCACUAGAGCACAUUGAUUUAUUAAUCAUCGGCUAUUGGAUGUCAAACAUGGUAAUCUCGACAUAGUCUUAGAGAGGAAAUCCGCUACAUUUUCUUUC